AGAGGUUUAAUGACAAGCGAAAAAAAAAAAAAAAAAGGAUUUGAGAGUAGGCUCUGAUACCAUGAAAGCUUGUGUAAUCUCCAUUGAUCUCAAACGUACAAGGAUGAACGUAUAUAAUCUAGUUACAGUUAGUAGAUCCUCAUAACAAGGAGGGAAUAUCUAAACAGAGGAAUAUGCUAUAAGACUAAAUCUUAUUUGAAUAUUUGGCAUAUUCUUUCAGUCGGGUGUUGAAGAAUACUGAAGAAGAGGACGAUGGUUCCAAAUGGCGGAGGAGGAGGUCAGCUCUACGUUUCACUCAAAAUGGAGAACUCCAAGGUUCAAGGCGAGCUUGGAAUGAAAAAAAGAUAGAGAAAGUGUCUAAGUUGUUUGAAGUGAAAGAUUUUGUUUGAAAAAGAAAGCUUUUUAUAACUUGAGAAAUUUUUUUAUUACUCGAAAGUUUUUUACAAACUUGGAUCAUUCUUGAUGAUCCAAAAUGAGAAGUGAGGGAAGAUAUUUAUAGCCUCCAAACUACAAAAUAUUUUACAUAUUUUAAUCCUAAAUUUAGAUAAUUCUACUUAAAUAUUUAAGAUUAUUUUAGAAUUUAGGUUAAGGUUGGGAUAAUCAUGAUUAGUGAUUGUUAGCCCAAUGUGACCCAAAAUCAAGUUUACUUUUCAACACCCCCUCUUAAACUUGAUUUGGUUACUCCAAGCAAGCUCCUCAUCUUGAAAAAAUCUUCUCAUUUGAGUGGCUUGGUGAAGAUAUCAGCUAAUUGAUCAUUUGUUUUCACAUACUCCAAUUGCACAUCCAUCUUGGUAACAGAUUCUCUAAUGUAGUGGUAACGAGUAUCGAUGUGCUUACUCCGAUCAUGGAAGACUGGAUUCUUCGCCAAUGCUAUUGCCGACUUGUUAUCCACAAAGAUCUUCGUUGGCUCCUCUUGUGGUAGGCUCAACUCCUUUAGCAAGUUUCGUAACUAAAUAGCAUGACAGACACAUGAAGUAGCUGCCACAUACUCCGCUUCACAAGUAGAAAAAGUGACAAUUGGUUACUUCUUUGACAUCCAUGCGAAAGCGGCUUCUCCAGUGAAAACACGAAAAACAUGAAAAAUCUAUUAUUUUUUUAUAUAUAUAAUAAAUAAUUAAGUAAAAAUAUAAAUGAAGAAAUCAUUGUAAUUUAUACUUCCAAUGAAAGUCAUUUUGACUUUUAAAAAUUGUUUAGAAGAUAAAAACUAAAAAAAACUAUUUAAGAAAGUUGACCAAGGAAAAAAUGUCAUAUACAAUAUACCAAUUUAGAGAGGAUAAGAUCAUCUCAAAAUCUUAUAUACAUUUUUUAGUCAAAAAAAAAAUCUUGUAUAUAUAUUAUUUGCAUUUUUGCUUAGAUGUCGCUUAAAUUUUUAUUAUAUAUUAAUUAAAUAAAGAGAACAAUUCAAUAAAAAUAGGGAAUAUGAAUAAAUAAAAUAUAUUUUUUAGAUAUUCCUGAGCAGCUUCUUUAUAACCAUACUUCGAACGGGCACCAGUGACGUGUUUUUUUUUCAUGCAAGUUAAGAAUCCAAACAGAAUUAUAUAUAAAUACAUUGCAUAUCAGACAAGAAAGUGAGGAGACACAAAAACAAAACGAAAAUGGGUUCAAGAAGAACAUCGUUGGUUUUAUACAUUCUCUUAAUCUUUCAUCUUCAGCACAAUUUUCCUUCUAUUAGUUCAAGGUCUGCCUCUGUUGAUGUGUACUAUGAGAGUUUUCCUCUCAGAGCCACAAAAUCAGAUGUUGAUGGUUUUGAAGGAAAAGGUCAAGAAUUAGCCGCAGUUACAAAAAAUGGAAGCGGUGGAGGAUGGCGUGGUGGCGACUGUGGAAGCACCGGAAUAGGAGGUGGUGGAGGAUGGUGUGGCACCAGAAUAGGAGGUGGUGGAGGAUUGCAUGGCUGUCGUGGUGGCUGUGGCGGCACCAGAAUAGGAGGCCGUAGAGGAUUGAGUGGUUGGUUUGGCUCCAGAAUAGGAGACAGAUUGCGUGACUGGUUUGGAUCCCCAAUAGGAGGCGGCGGCGGCCACGGUGACAGCGGUGGUAACGGUGGCGGCGGCCACGGUGACAGCGGUGGUAACGGUGGUAGCGGUGGCGGCGGCGGCCACGGUGACAGCGGCGGCCAUGGUGACAGCGGUGGUAACAGUAGUAGCGGCGGCGGCGGUGGUAAUGGCGACGGCGGCGGCGGUACUGGAAUAGGAGCCGGCGGAGGAUUACCUGGUGGCAAUGGUGGAAUAGGAGCCGGCGGAGGAUUGCCUGGUGGUGGUGCUGGAAUAGGAGGGGUUGGAGGAUUACCUGGUGGCGGUGCUGGAAUAGGAGGGGUUGGAGGAUUUCCUGGCAUCGGUAGUGGCGGAAUAGGAGGCGGUGGAGGAUUUCCUGGCAUCGGCGGUAGCGGUGGUGGUGAAGGAUUUCCUGGCAUCAGCAGCGGAAUAAGAAGCGGAAUAAGAAGUGGAAUAAGAGCCGGUAAAAACUUACCUGACGGCAACGACAGUGACAACGGAACAGAAAGCAGUGGAAGAUUACCUGGCGGUGACAGCGGUGGUGGCAGCGGCGGUGGCAGCGGCAGUGGCAGCGGCGGUGGCAACGAAAUAGGAGGCGGUGGAGGAUUGCCUAGCGGCGGUAGUACUGGUGGAUCUCACCGUUCAAGCAGCAACCGUAAUAUUCGAAGGGGAAUGUGCGCUGUCUGUUGGUUGAGUUUAUUGGUUUUAGCCGGUUUAUUAUUGGUUUAGAAGGAUCUAAAAUAUAUGUUGGCCAUUUAAAUCAAAAUCUGUGAUGUCCAUGUUUGACAUCAUGUCUGGUUUGGUCUGAGAUUGAUUGGGCCACUGGUAAGUAGGUAAAAUGUAUUAAACAUUUUACGGGUAAGUGAUCCCUUAUAUAUUAAAGGAAAAACAUUGUAUUAAA